AUGGAGUUGUUGGAAAAUGAAUUGUGUCAAAUCAAGUCUACUGGUGAGAUACGUUCGAAGUUGAUCCAUAAUGACAAUGUGGAUGACUUGUCUAAGUUUAAAUUAGACACGAGUUACGUGGACAAGAUCAAACAGUUGUAUGGUUCUAUCGAUCCAAGUGUGAAGGUUAUUCUUGUUGAUGGAUUCAUGUUGUACAAUGAUAAAAGAAUAUCCGAUCUAUUCGAUUUGAAACUAUUGAUCAGAUCACCAUACAGUGUCUUGAAACAACGGAGAGCCGCACGCUCAGGGUACCAGACGUUGGACUCGUUUUGGAAAGAUCCUCCUUAUUAUUUCGAUGAAUUCGUUUACAAGUCAUAUGUCGAAACUCAUGGGUUCCUUUUUAAAGAUCACAACGUCGAAGGUGAAUUAAAUCCUGCUAUUGCAAAGGAAAUUAGGGACUUCAACAAUGGAGACGGCGUAGCAAUUAAAGACGCUAUCUCCUGGGUUUGUCAUAAUAUCAUUGACUUGUGUAAAAACAUAUAG